AGUUUAGACCUUUUGUGUUCUUUACAACUCUAAUUCUCUUCAUUAAUAUGGAGCCCAACAGCCCCAAAAAGAUACAGUUUGCUGUGCCUUUAUCCCAGAGUCAGAUUGCUCCGGAGGCAGCAGAGCAGAUCAGGAAAAGAAGACCCACACCAGCAUCACUUGUGAUUCUCAAUGAACAUAAUUCCCCAGAAAUAGAUGACAAGAGGGUGAACAGCACACAAGGAGAAUUGCAGAACCCGUCCCCCAAGCAAAGGAAGCAGAGUGUGUACACACCACCCGCCAUGAAAGGAGUUAAGCAUCUGAAAGGCCAGAAUGAAUCAGCAUUCCCCGAAGAAGAAGAAGGUGUAAAUGAAACAGAAGAGCAGCUGGACCAUUGAUCACAGAUCCCCAGCAAGAAGUCUUCUUGGGAAUAACUGAACUGUUAACUUUUCUGAUCUUCCUAUUGAACUUCAAAGCUUGGCUUCCAGAUGAUUCCUCUAUCUUGCACUCUAUACCUGUAGCAGUAAUGCUCCUGUUGA